UCUAGCUGAUAUUUGAAAAGGAACACACACACACAUACAAGUGAAGUUGAAAUGUCUGGAGUUUGGGUAUUUAAGAAUGGGGUUUUCCGUUUGGUAGAAAAUGGAUCAGGAGAUCAAGCUCAAAGAAGAAGGAAGGUAUUGUUACACUUACCAAGUGGGCAAGUGGUGUCAUCCUAUUGUUCUCUUGAAAGAAUUCUCAAUGGUUUAGGAUGGGAAAGGUAUUAUGGAGGUGACACUGAACUUUUCCAAUUCCACAAGCAUUCUUCCAUCGACUUGAUUUCACUUCCAAAGGAUUUCGCCAAGUUCAACUCCAUUCACAUGUAUGAUAUCGUGGUUAAAAACCCUAACGUUUUCCAUGUCAGGGAUGUUUAA